GGCACAAUACGUACCACAUGACAUUGCCGCGGUGCCGGACAGGGCUGGAAAAGUUACAAAAUUGGAAGAAAGCUGCAUGAGUGACAGCAUUUCAAACUUUUGCCCUAUCUACGAUAAAUCAGAGGCUGAAUGCUCUGCACUAUGUGUCGUACGCUGCGCAGCUCAAUGUGCAAUCGAUAUUGGACUCUGCCAUUUCAAGGCCAUUCUUGAAAU